CGACUUGUCCGUGCUUGUGAUUUUUUUUAUACAGCACGCGUUUGCGCAGAGUGCGCACGGGCUAGAAAACUGGCGAUCGCCGCUUGUCAGUUUGUUUUGUUGCGUGAUAGAGUGCGGUGUUAUUUUUGAAUGUUGCGAAUAUACUAACAUUAUUUAUUUAGCGAAUUGUGUAUAAACAUUGUACAUUUACGUUACGGUGUUUUACAAAGAACUAUAUCGUAUUUUUUUUAGUUUAGUGUUGUGUACAAAAUUAGUUUUAGUGUCUACAAAAUAUCCAUUUUAAAUAAAAAAAACUUAGUAUUGUUUUAGAAUACAUGACUUUUUCUCUCAGUGCUUCACGAUGUGGUUCGUGGCGUUAUAUUACUUAACCGCGGUUGGUUAUGCCGUGGGCGCGCACCCGGUAACGUGCUCCAGUAAUGAUGAGUGCGGCGAGGGCCACUAUUGUGAGAUAUCCGCCCAUAGAUGCAUCGAGUGUCUCCAGUGUGGGAAUCUGAAAAGACAACCACCACCGUUCUUGCCGGAGAAUAGCUGUGUCAAAACUCUGGUCGACUGCGGACCAUGCCUCGAAGGAUUAGUGGUAGACCACCGUGAUGUUAACGCAGAGUGCGUGUUUCCCGAAAGCCAAGGAAAUAGCCCCAUUCUGCCGGUCUACUCGUGGGUGUUCAUUGGGAUCGCCAUUAUCAUCGUCAUUGGCAUGGCUGUCUGUUUCUACUUAUACAGGAAACCGGAGAUCUUUAAGGCCUCCAUGUCGAACUGCUCUCUGUUCGUUGGGCCCAGUGAGGUGAGCCAGGCAUCUCCAGACUUGCCGCCGCCCUAUAACCCAGACUACAGCUUUGUGCCAAGCCAGAACCGGUCAUACGCUCCGCCCGCUGAUUGGACGAAUCCUCCAGUUGAUGACACAGCGCAGCCGUUCAUCAAGCGUGUGCCGUCCGCGCAGCCGCAGGACGCGCGCGAGAGAGCCGACACUCAAAGGGCACGAAUCUUUAACCGACCGGCGUACUCCUACCAAGAAGAGGAAGAAUCGGUUUGCAGCCCCGAAUCGGACGAGCACAGAGACGACAAGUACUCGCCGCCGAGCCCGUGGAUGCCGCCCGUCGACGAAGAAACAGUAGAGAGCAUGUGGACUCCGCAAGAGUUGCCUCAAGACAACAACACAGGAAAUACCAACAAAAGGGUGAGGAGAGCACCGUCCAGCGAUGACGAGGACGAGGCGGGCGAGUCGGACGGCGCGCCCAGCCGGCCGCUGGCGCUGCUGCCCGCCGUCACCCCCGCCUCCCCCGCCUCACCCGCCGAGCUCGCCCUCCCCGCCCCCGCCGUCACAGCCGACGCCUGCGACACGCCGAGCCAGGGACCUUCGUCUGCUAAGAGAGCCUGCGUGCGCCAGGAGUCUAGAAAUAACAGACAUCAAGAUUCAAGCGCUGGCUCCAGUACUAGUGGUGCUGGCAUGAACCAACAGCCUACCUCUGAUACUCAAACUGCCCUCUUUAUUAAUGUUGUUAUCAAUAAUAAUAAAUUAAACUAAUUUGAUUGCUCACUAUAUAAUGACCAUAAAUAUUUAGAUCAAUUAUAAUACUCUAUAGGAGCUUUGUUUGUUUUUUGAGUAAUACAAACUUUUAGUCUAUCUGAAGUUUGCUCAAACAUGUACUUAUAUAUAAUAUGCAAGAAUAUCUUGUUAAAAUGUAAAUUAAAAUUAUAUUGUUUUUAAGUCUUCCUUUUCUAAUGUUAGUUUGUUAUGUAGAAGUAUAAAAAAUUGAUCUGUUAAUAUGAGGUUUGAAAGUAAUUCAAAAUAAAUUCGGGUGUUGAUAGCAUAUUUGUGCAAAGGAAUCAUCAUGUAUGCAUUCGUUGUUUACAAAAAUUUUAGUUUUAGUUAAGUUUAUUGGUGAAAAAUUAUCAGUACUGAACAAAUUAGUUGUGACUUAAGUACUUCUUUCGCCACAUUGAUUGUGGUUACUGUGUUUCCUCUUAUGAAUUUAAAAAAACUACAUGUUAAAACUGUGCUGGCGGUUAAUCACACAAUACAGUGCGAUUAUAUUAAUAACUAUUAUAAACUUUUGUUAAAUAAUUAAAACUAUUAGUAAUAAUAUGAUAAUGAUAAAUUAUCAACAAACAAUAAGAUAAAUAACAUUAAAUGAAUCUGGAAACAAUUUUUCUCUUUUAAUCUUUAGGUUUUAUGAUUAAUUUAUUUCGUAAGUUUUUUAACCGUUAUGCAUGUUUACCUUAAAAUUUACAUACUACAUAACACCUCGAAAUUUGCGCGUUUAUGAGGAGUGUAUAUCCAUUUUAUUUGUGACUUUUCCAGUUCCAUUCACUAUCAUGUCUUUUCUAUGUAUAGUUAGUUGUAUUAUUGGCUAAUGAAAAACCUAGUAGUACUCUCUUAUCUUGGUUGUGUUCAGUGGUAUACACUUAUAUCGGUGACAUCACGAAUAUUUAGAAUUAUUGUGCAUUAUGUAGUUGUGAAUAGUACACAAUCUUUCUGAUUUUGUAUCUGUAAGAAAUUAAGCGUAUAUCUUUGUGAAUAACAUACAUAGCAACAGUUGGCUUACAGACUAUUUUUCUAGUGGUUUAAGCAUAAUGGUCUAGUCUAAACGGGAAGUUCCAGAUAUUAGUUUUUGAAAUCCGUUCGGCGAUUGGUUUCUGUUUAAAUUUAUUUUUAAAAAACACUGCAAGGUAUUCCGCCUAGUACUGAAAACUAUAAUUUGAAACUGCUACACUGCCUCUAUGUUAGGACCUCCCUUCGUGCCAAACAAAACCAUUAGUCACUGAGAAUACCAGUGAGUAUUGAUAAUUAGUUAGUAAUUUGAAUUUACUUAUUAGGUCAUUUAAAACCCACUACUGUGUUACGCUAGGAGUACUGAUUUUUGAACUGCUUAAUUAGGCUUUGCCUUGGUACCUACUCGUUAAUCAUUUCAAAUAGGUACACCAAGUGCCAAACUGCGAUCCUUACUGGUAUUGAAAAAAAGGCCCUCGAAUUUUUUAUUUUCUUACUGAUUGAAAUAAAUGUGUAUUACAAUAUUAAAUUUGAUCCAAGGUAUAUAACACAAGAAUAUAUUAAAAAAAAACUAUAAAUUAUUUUUUUGUUAAUUAAUAGACAUGGAUUUUCGAAAUAGUUGUAAUGUGUGUAAUGAAACCUUAAAAAUAUAUAUGUUACUUAUUAUCCUGAGUUAUCUAAUUAAUAAUAAUAAUACAGGCAGUUAAUGUGAGUGUUUUUACAAUGCACAUUGCCUAUUUUUUUUACAUAAUUUUCUGUGGAAAUAAUAUUGUAAUGUAAUAGAACAAUGUUCACAUGAACUAUAUGUUAAUGCAAAUGGAUCAUGUCACUUGGACAUGAUCCAUUUGCAUUAACUCAUUGACUUUUUACAAUGUUUUAUCAUUUGUUGUAGUAUUGUCAUUAAUUAUUUAUAUCUAAGGGUAUAGUUUUAAAUGGAGACGAGUGAUGUUGAUUACAUGAGCGGGGGCUAGGAUAUAGUUUACCUGUUCAUGAGCAGGUACAUAGAAAAUCUUAGACUAUGAUCACUGAAUCCUUAUAAAACCCUUAUUAACCCUUAAAAACGUUGACCUUAUGCUAAUACCAACGUUUUUAUAUCAAUAUUAAGGGAAUUGUUUAGGCAUUAUGGUAAUAUGUAGUUUAAUGUGAUCUCAUAUUUAAGUCAUUAGUCGCGAGUGCCUCCCGUUCAGUUUUCAAAGAGCUGUUACUGAUUUGUGAUAGCAGUGCCUUAUUUACCCGUUUAUGCCGUGUCAUUACUGGGAAUGUUAACUCUGAUGUAUUAUUUCAUGUGCAUUUAUGUCGGUGAAUAAUUUCUAUAAAUGUUUUUUAUUCAUAAGGUUAAAGGUGCAAGUUAGUAUUAUCAAAGAUAUAAAGAAUAGACUGAAACAUAACAACAAUGACCAUGAGAAUUUCUAAACAACAACUACGAGUCACAUGAUCGGUCUCUCACACACCUUCCUACAUUUAGUCACUGCAGUAGGACAGAGAAAACGCAGUCAAUCCUUUAUGGCUAUUGUUAAUAAUGACUUGAAAAGAAACCAUAAUGCACUUACGUAUUCAAAAUAUUAUGUUAAAAAUAUUUUUGCAUAAUUCAUUUAUACAAGGCUCAGUUGAUUUAAAAUAUUUGCAAACUUUAAUUUAUGUUGUUUAAACUGGUUCAUGAAUUGUGCGUAUCUUACGUGUUUACUAUUCAUAAAAGUCAAGUUAUGUUUAUAAUAAAAAUUUUGGAACUUACAUAAUAUAAUGUUUUGGAACAAAAUCUGUUGUUCUUUAUAUUGCUUUUAAUCAUAUUUUUAUGUAAAUACAGCCUCGCCCUUUUGUUUGGGCGCCAUGGCCUAAAAAAUUGUUAGCAAUUUCUGGGGACCUGUGUUUUUAAAUCCAAAUUAUAAUAGCGUCUGGCCGAGCCGCCCUCGUCAAAGCCGGUACUCCGUAAAUAAAUAUAGCUCGACAAGAUUUUAAUGAAUGUGGCUCUUCGAAUUACCUAACCCACGCCUCUCACCCUCACCAAGCAGUUUUUGUGCGCUCAGUCUUCACACUGAAUUCGUGUCCAUGUACGAGGGGACAUACAGUGGCCCUAGGCACACAGUUCAGUAUAUAUCUCAUGGUUGCCAAAUUCACAUUUAGGGCCCACGAACAUUUCUUGGCCUCCUCUCCUUUCUCUACACUUCCUUUCCCAGAUAUCCCCUCCCAACUUUCCUUUAGGGCCCUGAGUCGCUAAGUCGGGGGUCUGUAGAUUCAUGUAUGGAAUCAAUUAAGUAGUUUAAAAAUUAAAAAGGCUUAACUCUAUGGUUAUGCCUUUUUAAUUUUUGUGUAUUAACCCUUUUUUUGUAUUGUUACGUAUGUUAAACAACGUUUUUUUUAUCUGUAACUAUAUAUUUCUUAAGGAUAUAAAUCAUAUAUAUUUUUUUCUUAUUAAUCUGGUUAAAGUUUAAUUCUUGUUGCAUUCAGUGUUUACUAGUGCCCUUCAACAAUUGUCACCCACGUUCAUUAAAACCCUUGUAGAUCUACAUAUUUUAUUCCACGCACAUAUUUUUUUUAAGUACAUCUUUAAUUUUUUAAAAUAAAAUGUACUUUAUUGUACCCAGACAAUGGUGUAACAUGUUAUGCUUUUAUUGGAAUAAAUAAAAAACGCAUGUAAGAUAA